UUAACGGGAAUCGCCCAUUACUAGUCAAAUCCUAUUUGUCGUUUCUUGUUCGCACAAAUACCAGUACGUACCGUACGCUGCACCGUACAAUUAUGAGCACGUCCAAAACUCGAUUCUCAAAAUCCCUCCGACAUCAAAGGACAAACGAACAAUACAGUGGAACCAACCGGUAUGGUGAUUGAGGGCAACAAGAAUUCAUCCAGUCUGUAGCACGGAUUACGAUAGAAUUAUCUCUAUGAUAACUAAUGCCAAAUUAAAAGGACAUGGAGCGGCUGUCCUUUGCCUGGACCUAUCGUCGUCCUCGACGUCCUCGUCACUUCCGUUGUCCGGGUCUCCUUUGUUGCUGAGCGGGUCGGAGGAUGGAACGGCGCGCCUCUGGGACCUGCGGGAUCACAGGAGACGUGCUUGCUUAUGCAUAAAAGUACCGGGUGGCGGGGAUGUUUUGUCGGCGGUGUUCGCUCCCCCACCUCCUGUUGCCGAGGCACUCACAUCAAUGCCGACGCCAAACGAAACUACCGCAUUCGGUCGAGAUUGCACGGUGUAUCUAGGUGUAGAAAACGCCGUCUUGGAGUACGAUCUGCGACACGCCGAAAGCCCGGUUCUUCUGUCGGAACCAACCAAAAAUUGGGGUGAAGUAUUGCAAAACCAAGACGAGGUGAACCAGAUCAGCCUCGCAUACUACAACAAACACAAAAGCAACAAAAUAUCUGGCGGUGGUGGUUCCAAAAAGAAAAAGAACCAAAAGAAAAAAGGUGGAUCGGGAGGAAACAAGAAAAACCCACAGCAAUAUCCCAGUAGUGGCUGUCUUGAUACCAAAGAUUCCUUGUUUCUCGCGGCCUGCGAUGAUGCUGGAAAAAUUCGUUGGGCGGAGUCAUCGUUGUCAUCGAACUAUAGCAAUAACAACACCGUUCCUGUUGCUGCUUGCGCGAAAGAUAGCUACGAGAGCAGCAGCAGCAGUACAAUACUCCAUCACGACAAUCACGGGGUUGCUGUUGUUCCCGCUUGUGCCUUUCGACCGAUCCACAAAACGGGGAGUGGGGUCGGAUCUGCUAUCUUGGAACUUGCUAGCGGUGGCACGGAUUGCAAGAUCCAGCUCUGGGAUGUGCUUCGACCAAAGUACGUAGGUUCCUUUGUUGCUUUCUGUGUGCCCAAUACUUGCGGGAUAAAACUACUGUAUCUGCGGACAUUGGUCGGGAGAAAGGGAUGAAGUGUUUUUUCGAUAGCAGUACGAUUGGAGUACUCAAUUUAUUCUAAUGAAAUCUUUCUCGUGGGCUGAUCUUUGUCUUAUCCCCUUUUGGUCUUGGUUCUCUUUUUAAUUGUAAAUGGAACACAUUUUCAGGAAACCUAUUUCGACCUUCUUCAUCAAUAAAAAUGCCAACGAAGAAGAGAGAAGCAAACCCCAAGUUUGCAAUCCUCCGUUUAUCUAUUCUUUGGCAUGGAGUAACGACGGUACGUCACUGGCUGCUGGGUUGGGAGAUGGAACCAUCGGAAUCUUUGAAAUCAAUAACCGCAAGCUGGUCCAAAGCCAGCUGCUGGUAGGCAACGAAUGCACCGACGGAACGAUGCACUACGCACAUGGGUCAUCCGUUGCAUCUGUUGUGUAUCCUUCGUUUUCGGUUCCCACAAACGAUCGAAUCAUGUGUUCGGCGGGGAGCGAUGGGUCGAUCGUUUUUUGGGAUUCUGGAAAAACGAAUGGUGAGCUGUGGGACGAGGAUACUGAGACCAGCAGCUGCAACAACAACAAGGAUGGUUCGGAAGACGCCGUCGAGCAUUUGUUGCCUCCUAAAUUGCUGGAAGAAUUGCGAAGAGAAGGUUCCGGGACCUAUCACGGCAGUGCCACCACUGCUAGUCACAAGCCACGAAUUCUGUUUGAUAUAUCUCAUGACCAAAAGAUCAAUUGGAUCACACGAGCUGCUCCAUCGAACGGAGUAGCUACGGAAUGCAACGAUACGAUAUUCGUUGCUGAUACAUCACCAGAGAUCACAUCCUAUACGAUACCCUUGUGACAACAACGCUUUCAAUGAUAAUACCGAGAAUACUCUAGAAAUG